CAAUGUGUGAGUUUUAAAGAAAAGGUGUGGAUUUUAUGUAAUUGUUAAGAACCCCCUAAGAACUUUUUUUAAAUUGCCUACACUAUGAACUCUUCCUAGUUUCAUCUCCGUUAUGCCUUAUGAAGUCUAACCACUACCUGAGUUAGAGUUCUUGUUUUUAAGUAGCUAAAAUCAAAGGCACUACCACUUGAUUGCGAGAACUGGCUUUGAGAGAAACUUUUGUUGAAAGAGUUUUAUAUAAGCCUCGCCACGUUCAGCUCGUAUUAAGUACAGCUUAAUACUGUUUCAUACGGAGAAGCGAAGGGAGGGGCUGGGCAAGAGGGAUUAUGAGGCAAAAUAAUCGACUCUUUCCUGAGGGUCGCUACUGGAAGAAGUGCCUUCCGUGCACUUAGCAGCAGCCGGACACUGCCUAUCAGGCCAGCCUUAGGGGAGCUCCGCUUUUCUGGUGCGACGUGCGCGUUGAGGUUUAAGGCGACUGAAGACUUAGCAAGGCGAGCAGGGGUUGGGUGUAGAUUGCUGAACGGACAAAAUGCCGAGCCACCCCCACUCAGAAGGAGCCUGCCAGCUUUCCUGCCGUGGGGGUACUACACAGCCGUGACGGUGUGUUUUGCAGCCAGGCGGACAGCCCCAACCGGGGAAGGUGGCGAAGGAGUCGGAGCAUGUUGGCUCUGCAUCAGCUCCCGCCAGCAGAAGAGUACUACCAGCAGGUCCUCGCCAGUCAGCGGGUGUCAACACUGCUGUCAUUUUGGAGUCAUAUUGGUGCCAAGUGAAGAGGACCCUGUAACAGAUGAAGAUAACAUGGCAGAUGGAUGUUCUCAGAAACUUGUCUCUGCCAAGCAUUUUCGAAUCUUGUUACUGAUAUUGAUUCCAUCCAUCUGUGCUCUUAUACUUUUGUUGGUGAUACUUCUUUCAUUUGUAGGUGUAUUGGGGAAAAAAUGCUUUUAUUCAAAUGGAAGUGACUUUGGCAGUGAUGGUGACACUGGGAUGCCUGGCAUUCCUUUUCCUAACACAACUGAAAGUCGUUCAAAUGCAUCUCCACCAAUGGGCAACAAAAUACAGCCACCAUCUUGGACCACAAUCCCAUUAUUUCAUGUUGACCAAAUACAUAAAAAUUUUAGUAUACAUAAAGGGGCUACACAAGUUGCCUCACAAACCCCAGCACUGAAAACUACAGAUGAAAGGAUUUUGACCAAAGCUCCUGGAGACAACUCCUGGUCAUCAGCCAAUACAGAAGAAGAAACCCUAUGGUCCACGGACAUAUCUGUCAAGGUCACAGACAAAACAUCUUUUCCUGUGAUAAAGCCUACCAAUCCAUCUGCUGUCCAGGGAAUGGACUUGGAAAAAAGUUCCUGCAUAAAUAUCAUCUACAGCCAGUGCCAAAUGCUGCCAUAUAACCACACCACUUUAACACCAGUCCUUCCCAUUGUCAAAAGCAUUGAAAUGGAAAAAUUUCUUAAGUUCUUCAGUUAUCUCAACCGCCUCAGCUGCUAUCAACACAUCAUGCUGUUCGGCUGUAGCCUUGCUCUUCCUGAGUGCAUCAGUGAUGGUGAUGACAGUCAUGGACUGCUGCCUUGUAGAUCAUUUUGUGAGGCUGCAAAGGAAGGAUGUGAACCAGUUCUUGGGAUGGUGAAUUCUUCAUGGCCAGAGUUCCUUGCAUGUUCCCAGUUCCAAAACAAAACUGAAAAUGACACUGCCAGCCACAGGAACUGCUUCUCCCCAGAACAAGAAAAAGGGAAGCGAUUGCUUUGUAAAGGGGAAGAAAACUUCUUAUGCACAACUGGAAUUUGCAUCCCAAGGAAACUGCAGUGCAAUGGCUACAAUGACUGUGAUGACUGGAGUGAUGAGACACUUUGCAACUGUAGUGGAGUUUUCCGUUGUAAGAUGGGAAAAUGCCUCAAUUACAGCUUUGUUUGUGAUGGGUAUGAUGACUGUGGAGAUCUAAGUGAUGAGCAGAAUUGUGACUGUGAUCCAGUAGCUCAGCACCGAUGUGGAGAUGGGAGAUGCAUUACAAUGGACUGGGUGUGUGAUGGUGACCAUGACUGCACAGACAAAUCAGAUGAAGUCAAUUGUUCAUGCCAUAGUCAGGGACUGGCAGAAUGCAAGAAUGGGCAAUGCAUUCCCAGUGCUUUCCGGUGUGAUGGAGAUAAUGACUGUAAGGAUGGAAGCGAUGAAGAGAAUUGCAGUGAAAGUAAGGGUCAACUGCCAUGUCAGGAGAGAGAUCAGAAAUGUACGUCUACUUCCUGUUCUGAUUCCUGUAGCAACUUUCAUCUCUGUGACGCAGAUAAUAGCCGAACAAAUUGUAGUCAAUGUGAACCAAUUAUACUGGAACUUUGCAUGAACCUGCCUUAUAAUUAUACUAAUUACCCCAACUAUUUGGGCCAUCGGACACAGAAAGAAGCCUCCAUCAGCUGGGAGUCCUCUCUCUUCCCAGCCUUGGUUCAGACUAACUGUUACAAAUAUCUUAUGUUUUUUGCCUGUACAAUAUUAGUGCCAAAAUGUGAUCUUCAAACAAAUCGACGCAUUCCGCCAUGCAGGGCACUUUGUGAACAGUCCAAGGAAAAAUGCGAAUCUGUACUUGGAAUUGUAGGUUUACAAUGGCCAGAAGACACUGAUUGCUCUCAGUUCCCAGAAGAAAACUCAGACAAUCAAACCUGUCUAACACCUGAUGAACAUGUAGAAGAGUGCUCACCCAGCCACUUCAAAUGUCGUUCAGGCAGGUGUGUCUUGUCUUCCAGAAGAUGUGAUGGACAGGCAGACUGUGAAGAUGACAGUGAUGAAGAGAACUGUGGUUGCAAAGAAAGAGGCCUGUGGGAAUGUUCAUCAAGCAAACUGUGUAUCAAGCAUACAAUGAUAUGUGAUGGUUUUCCAGACUGUCCUGAUAAUGUGGAUGAAACUAAUUGCUCAUUUUGCAAAAAGGAUGAGCUUACAUGUGCCAACCAUGACUGUGUGCCUCGUAAAUCAUGGUGUGAUGGACAGAUAGACUGUGCUGAUAAAUCAGAUGAAUGGAGCUGUGUGACCCUGUCUAAAAACAGAAGCUCCUUGAUGUUCCUCCUGACUGUUCACAAGUCAGCUUCCAAUUACCACGUGUGCGCUGAUGAAUGGGAAGAAAAUUUAAGCCACUUGGCAUGCCAACAAAUGGGUUUAGGGGGGCCACCUGUGACAGAAAUUGUUUCAGAGUAUGAGCAGUCGCCACAUGAGAAAUGGUUGAAUCUACACUCUGACUGGGAAAGCAAAAAUGUAUCCACGUUGCAAGCCCUUUUAAUGACAGGGUUGCCAUGCAGAAGCAGAAGUAUGGUUUCCCUUCUCUGCUCUAAAGAAGAUUGUGGCCGCCGCCCUGCAGCUCGCAUGAGCAAGAGGAUCCUUGGUGGCAGGACCAGUCGUCCAGGACGAUGGCCAUGGCAGUGCUCCCUGCAGAGUGAGCCAAGUGGGCAUAUAUGUGGCUGUGUCCUCAUUGCAAAGAAGUGGGUAUUAACAGUGGCACACUGCUUUGAAGGGAGAGAAAACCCAGCUGUGUGGAAAGUGGUGUUUGGCAUCAACAACUUGGACCAUCCUUCAGUCUUUAUGCAGACCCGCAUAGUGAAGACUAUUAUUCUGCAUCCCCGUUAUAAUCGUGCUGUAGUGGAUUAUGAUAUAAGCAUUGUGGAACUCAAUGAAGACAUCAACGAGACAAGCUACGUAAGGCCAAUCUGUCUACCCAGCAGGGAGCAGCUAGUUGAGCCAGAUACGUAUUGCUACAUCACCGGUUGGGGGCACAUGGGCAACAAAAUGCCUUUCAAACUUCAGGAAGGAGAAGUUCGUAUUAUUUCCUUAGAACAGUGUCAGUCAUACUUUGACAUGAAAACCAUUACCACCAGGAUGUUAUGUGCAGGCUAUGAAUCUGGCACUGUGGACUCUUGCAUGGGUGACAGUGGAGGACCCCUUGUAUGUGAGCAGCCUGCUGGACGUUGGACAUUGUUUGGCUUAACCUCUUGGGGCUCUGUCUGCUUUUCCAAAAUUUUGGGACCUGGAGUUUAUAGUAAUGUGUCUCACUUUAUUGAGUGGAUUGAAAGGCAAAUCUACAUCCACACAUUUCUGCUUCGCUGAUUCUUCCGGAUAGGAAUGCUGUGCUGACUGACAAAAGGUCAGAACAAUGAAGAUGCUGAACUGAAGAAACUUGGUGAAUUAUAAAUUCUACGGUUGCAGAUAACAGGCAAUGGAACAGAGUAAAAGAAUUUGUAAAUCCUCUGGUGCCACAGGUGCUUUUGGGUAAUGAUCAAAUAUUUUUGUAAUCACAUCUGGCAUUUUUUCUUUAGUGCGUUGAGUUACCUUUCACAUAAACUGACAACAAAAUGCUUAAAGGAAAAAUCACUUUUCAAAUGUGGUAUUUGAGACACUUAAAAUCAGGGGUUCUAUAGAAAUGCUAGCUGUCUAAAAUAUCAAGACAAAAAUUUGUGUUGCUGAUGGAGAAUUUCAGCUUCCUUUUCUUGCAGUGAAGAGUAUAAAUUUGCAAAGGUCAUGGGCACAUCUGUUCAAAACAACCUUUUUAAAAACUCCAGCUAGUCCUGUUCAGUGCCACCAAGUUAACCUGAUUUUCAUAUGCUGGUCUCUGGUUUCACUCACUUUAACAGUGAGUUGGGUGUUAUCAAAUUUUGCACAUUUUUAGAUACAGAUUUAUUGUUUAAGCCAGUGGUCAUCAUCACAUGCACAUAUUACAAGGAAAAACAAAUCAAUACAAAGCAAACAUGAUUAUUAUGGCAACAGUCAGCCAAUCAUUUUGAAAUACAGAUUACCUUAAAAAGAAUAACAUAUUUUAAUACAGAUCCUUUGUUGAGAGUUUUGCAUAACAAUAUAAUCAGAUGGGCCAAUACAAACUCAGAUAAAAGGGAAGGAGAGGACGGGAAAAGAGGAGGUCGAUGUCAGUAGUAACUAUAGAGAAGAGAAGGUGUUAACAUGGACUGUGAAUAACAGAUUUUAAAUGAAGAAUCACCAAUAUACACCAACCCCCAACACUGGUGAGACCAGUUUCCAGGCAACUUACCAACUACUUUGUAGGUUACAAACAAAUCUCUAACCUUUAGUACAUAAUGAACCUUCCAUAGUCCAGGAAGCAGCCUUGCCUAAAAUAUCUGACACGAAUUUACCUCUAAUAGAGUUUGAAAGGGACUAUUUUAGGAGGUACUGUAGAAUAGCUUCAACCCUCUAGACAAGACACACUUGUAACCAGUGCUAAAAUGCAGUUCAUCGAGAUUGUCUCUGUGCCAAUUCUCCACAAAAUGGACUAUAUUUUUAGAAGGCAGAGUAUAUAAAUCAUUAGAGAUUGCCUUUAAGAACAACAUGCCCCUUCCUGCAACCACCCAAAUAUCUUCUGCCACAGCAGAAGGUAGCCAGCUGCUCUUUCUUGCAGGUCUCAAGGCUUAGCAACAAAUUUUCAGUUUAGAGAAGAUACGUCCAGUUUACAUCAGAAGUGCUUUGCAAACUCCUGAGCAAGUGCCCACUUGAUUUUAUGGCAGAAAGAGAACAUCAUGCAGCCUUCCUUCAGUUGCCUUUUCUCUGGAGUGUGUCCAGAGGAAGAUAACACAAUAUGGUGAGGGGUCUGGAGAAUGGAAACCAAGUCCUGCAGGGAACAAUUAAAAGAGCUGAAUAUAUUUAGCCUGGGAAAAAGAAAUUGAAUAUCUGAAGGGCUGUCCAGCUCCAGAGCGCAGGAUGGAAAACUGCAGGAAAGCAGAUUUAAGCAAAACAUUAGACAAAUCUUCCUAUAACUAAGAGCUGUUAAAGAGACUUCGCUACAAAUCAGGAAAUCUGCAGUUUGAAUUUUGCCUUUACCACGAACUCACUAUGUGGCCUUAUGCAAGCCACUUUCUCUUGCUGUUCCCUCCUAUCUGCAAAAUGGGGAAUAAGAAUACUGAUGACCUUACAGCAGGGAUAGAGAAUCACUCUUGGCCUGGGGGACAGGAUCCAAAAGUGGUCAACCAUUCACAGGCCACAUUGGCAGGUGAGCUGGACAAGAGACACAAGAAAAUUCAAGCUCCAGCUACAAAGGAAUAAUUCUGUCUUAACCCACAGGAACUGCAGGAAAAAGUAUGGUGCAUGUCAGAGAGCAGAUAAGUUUUUCCGUUACAGGAAAAAUGGUUUUUGAACAGACACCGCAUUGUUAACUGAAUUCGAGCAGAAAGGUUUAGAGAAAAGGCAUGCAUUAUGGAAACCUAUAAGGCCUUUGGGGCUUCUCCUAAAAGACAGGUUAAAGUCCAUUGUGCAAGAGAGCAGCAGUUUCUUGGUGAAUAUAUGCGGAGAGGCUACUUGGUCAUCAUCCCCUUGUGAGGCAUUACAGGAAUGAAAAUCCUUGCCUCACUUGAGACUGCAUUUAGGCAAAGGCUAUACUAGAUGGGUAGACUAUUUGUUCUGUUUUGGAGACCAUAAUGGAAUGUCCACUGAUUCAGGCCUUUCUUCAGUGUGGUCUGUCCCAUCCUUAUAGAAGUGUGUACUGUUUUAGUACAAUCCAUCGUGUGGAGUGGCACCUGAAACAAUAAUGAGAAAGUUGUUUUGCAAUCCUCCCUUUGAGAACAAUGGAGGCCCUAGAUUGGAAACACAGCCCAGUGAAUGCCUUUCUAAGUCUACAUACACAGAGGUAUGAAAUGUACUUUUCAAAGCUGAACGGGGCUCUGAAGUACUGUUAUUGCUCAGACAUACCCUGCUGGGCUGUCACAUACUCCAGCCCACUGUUACAGAACUCGCAACCUCUGUCUUUCUCAUUUGAUGCACCUUAUGUAGCGUGUAAUAGGCAAUGUCCACUGUAUUCCUAAAUGUUACUGUUUAUGUAGAUUGAAAAGCUGUAUUUGAUUCAGAAUCAUUUAUUGCUUUCUCAGCAUCAAAGAAAACACCAUGCUUUUAUAUGUUUCUGUUCAUACUGUGGAAUUGGGAGGGGGUAGCAAAACUGAGUAAAUUUCUCCUUUGGAAUUCAAUAGAACAAGAUAGGGUACAGGUAUCAUGAUCUUGAAUAUAAUUAGACUGAACCAUAACUAGUUAAGGCUGAAGGUCCAGUAAAUUACUCCAUGUGACUCUGCAUGUGGGUACACUACUAUAUGAAGGAAGUUUGUAUAUGAUCACUAUCAUCAUGCUCUCAGCUGCUGGAAAAAUGCAGCCAUGAUCAUGAAAAAGGCUACAGUUCUCCACAUGUUCAGCCCUUGUAAUGUUAACCUUUCUUUCAUGCACUUGUGCACCUGUGUACAUGAUCACACAAACAGGAUACUUUUAUUCUUAUUCAAAUCAUGGUGGUAGCCACUUUUUCUUCCUGCAAGGGUUGAAUGUACAUGUAGCACAUUUGCUAUGUAUACUGAACCACUAAAAAGCACAAAUACCAGUAUGGCUGCAGUGAAAGAGACUCUGCAGUUUACCACAGACAUUCAGGGUAGCUGUAGGCAGAUCUGUUUGCCAUUUGUACAUUAACCCCAUAUGCGUACAAUGUUGAGCUCUCGUGCCCCGAACCAACAAGGCAGACGUUACUUGUUGCACAGGACACAGAGGUGUGUGAGUAACAGCGCUCCUGAGCCGGCAAACAGGAAGAAAGCACUCCGACGCUCUUGAGCUUUGUGCCAGUAAAACAAACUUUAUCCAAGUGCAUACAGAAAUAAUCACCAACAUAAGCUACACUCCUAUCUUCCCCCACACAGCCUGGCUCUCUGGGCUUGUGUUUUAUAGCCAGCCCCUUUGAUCUGGUACAGCUGUGUGUCCUUCACAUAAUUACUGUGAUAUAGUUAACCCAUUCCCAACAUGGGGAAUGACUCAGCUUAAUGAGCCAACAUACAAUCCUCAGCUGUAUUAAUGAAAAAGUAAACUCCCAAAGUGUGAAUUGUAUCCUCAGUUCCCAUUUUUUCAGGGGGGCUAAAUUAGAACUAAACUGAACUCUGUAUGGGGCAGAGGGUGGCAUUCUCAGGCAAUUUCCCCUAAGAUUUCCAGCGUUCAGGCUGUAAGAGCAAUCUCUAAGGGGGGGAAAGACACCCAAACAGCUCAUUGAGCAUAUUCGGUGGCCGCAGAAUGCUGACUAACUGCUGGAGGAAAAAGGGAAAAUGAGGGUAGGGGAAAUAUAAUGGAAUGGCUGAAAUCCUGAACAGGAUCACUCCAUAUUGCAGCAUUUCAUUGCAGAGCCUACUUGUUUCUCCUAAUUCAGAUGUUCAUGCAACAUUUUACAUUAAUUUAAUUUGAUCCCCUCUCCUCCUUCAGCAUUCCCAAUUUACAGAUACUAUCAGGUCUGGGUUUAUUUUAUUGUUAAAAAACUUUAAGACUGAAUCUAACAAGUAGAUACUUCACUCAUUAGUGUCUUAAAAUUCAUAGACAGAGUGUAAGAUUUUAAAAAACAUUCCUAAAGGACAUAUUUCAAAAACAAAAUUCAAGAGUUCAUAUCUAGGGAGGUGGUGGGCUCUCCAGCACUGGAGGCAUUGAAGAGGCAGCUGGACAGCCCUCUGUCAUGUAUGCUUUAACUUAGAUUCCUGCAUUGAGCAGGGGGUUGGACUCGAUGGCCUUACAGAGUGACCCCUUCCAACUCUAUUCUAUGAUUCUAUGAAUUCAAAAAUUCAGAAUUCAAGUUCUGAUUUUUGUAUAAAUUUGUACAAAAAUGUUUUUUGGUAAAUCUAGUUUGGUUGAACUAGCUUGUGCAUCAGACUGAAAAAUGUGAGCCGCUGAGGAUACAUCUCCAUAUCCUGUGAACUGUUUUAAUUUGUUAUGCCAGGGCCUCAAACAGUGUCUAAUUAAAAUAGACUAGAAAUGUGCAGUCAAGAUUUGGCUAAUUAGUUCAAUUCAGUAUGUGGAGUUUUGGCCUGACCUAUUCCACCCCCUCUGCCACCCCCCUCUGCCACCCCCCGCCCUACAGUUUCCCUGCCUUCAAUCACUCACUGCGAACCAUACAUUGGUACUUCUGUUCCUUGACCCCAUUCGAGGUUGUUCCCCUAGGUAACAUAUGAGCAACCCAUGGCCAGCUGACUGCAUACAGCCCUCAGCUGGUUUUGUGAGGCCUGUAGCCUCUUCCCUGCUCCCUGGCUGAUUCCUCCCUUCCUGUUGCUCAGCUGAUUAGCCCUAGGAAUUGCUUUUCAACUGUUCCCAGCACUAAUCAGCUUGGCAACGGGGAGGGGCAUGAUGGGAUCUCCUGAUCCCCACACAGAAAGAAGGGGGGAGGGGAAGGAUGGUAUUUUCUCCCUCUCUUUCCUCUCUGUCUCUGAAAGAGGCCUCACUUAGGCCUCGCACACACACCCUGCAUGCGGCCCCCAAUUCACACACCACCACUGCAUACAAUCCUUGGAGGUAAAAAGUUGCCCACUCAUACCACAGCCCUUCUAUCCUCUUGGCCAUUUGCUCUCUUGGCACCAUGUCUUCUUUGUGUCAUGUCCUCCACAACAUUCCAUGAAGAGAAAAUAUAUUUAUAUUAUUUUAUACAUGUAUUUUUAGACUGUUUUUCAUAUGUAUGCUUACGCAAAUAUAUACCAUGGGUUUUAAAGAACCAGAUGUCACCCAUGUGUGGUUGUAGACAGACAAUCAAAUGUAUCCAACAGUUGUGAGAGAAGAGCCUUUCUUUGAUGAGAUUCAUACUCCAAUACUGUUUUACUGCCAGAAGUGAAGCAGCAUAUGUAACCCAUGUCAUGUAAACAAAAGAGUUUGUUUUUAUUUGAACUCAAAGUGAGCAAAAAUGCACAUAUUUAUUUUUUCAAAAUAAAUUCUGUGAACAAAAAUAGUUUCAGUUCCCCCUCCCCUGGCAGUAGCUUCAACAGAGUUGAGCAACUGUCUCAUAGCACUGAUGACAGCACUGAAAGAAAAGGAGUCAGUUUCUUCACCAAUCACAAUUGUGAAGACUAGGCCCUUUGUGCAGUAAUAAUAUCUGGGAUCUGUUUUUUUUUCUCCAUUGAGAGAUACAUAGUGGAAUAGUCACUCCACCUAAAGGAAUCUUAUUUACAUCUUGGUAGUACAACAACUGGGACUCCUAAUGGUUCCAUUUCAAAUAUUUGUGAGCAUCAACCAAUAGCACUAGAGUGUAUUGUUUGUUUGCUUAGAAAAAAUUAUAAACCACUUAAUGCUGUACAUCAAGUAAUAAAAUAAUAAUACACAGAUAAAGCAAAUAUUAAGUUAUAUAUCUGGAUAGGCUUGUUCGAAUAAAAAAAGUUUUUAGCAGGCUUCUAAAAGAGUAUGAUGAGGGUGGCUAUCAACAGUAUGAGGGUGGAGCUGUUGCAUUGCAAACCUCUGUUGUAAAGAACAGUUUGGUUAAAGCAGGAUCCAGAACCUGUGGCCCUCCAGAUGCUGUUGAACUCCAAAUCCCAUUCACUCCAACCAACAUGGCCAAUGGUCAGGGAUGAUGGGAGCUGUAGACCAAGAACAUCUAGAAGGCCAUCGGUUCCACAUUCCUUGGUUAAAGGAAGAGCAAUGCUAAUGGUGGACAAAUGUACAGGUGGAGCGGUGAAUACCAUGGGGCAGGGCCAAUGCUCUGUGGUAGAACAUCUGCCUUGUGUGCAGAAGGUCCCAGGUUCAAUCCCUUGCAUCUCCAAGUAGGGCUGGGAGAGACUCCUGUCUGAAACCCUGGCGAGCCACUGCCAGUCAGUGCCGACAAAACUGAGCUAGAUGAGCCAAUGCUCUGAUUCAGUAUAAACUUCGUAUACUGGCCAGUUUCGGUAAGUAAUAUUAUUUAAUUAACCAGGCCCUUCCUGUACUGAUUGCCUAGCUCAUUAGUUUAAUAGAAGAGCAUGUGGAAUCUCAUUUGAACACACAAUAGUCACAAAUGGACCCAGUAUUUUAAUUAUCUGGCAUGUCCAUAGCUAAUUACAUUAAUCCAAGCCAGUUGCCUUUCUUCUACAUUUCAGCAGUAUGUAAAGUUAAAUAACUUUAGAACAUUAACUAAAAACUCUCUGUUUCUCAGUUUAAUUUUACUUAUCUGUUAGGAUGUUCAGUUUUGUGGUCUAUUGGAAAGAACAUUAUUGAGCAUAACAGUUAAACAAAAAGUUUAUGUUAGUGCUCUCUUUGUAACUGAAGAUUAACUGAGUACAUUUUUUAAAAAUCCAAUAUCAUUGUGGUCAUAGGAACUGCGGUUGACUAUAUGCCAUUUCUGCACAAAAUGAGGAACACUGGCGAUGUGGAAAAUCUCUCUGGCAAAACAGUGAAGUCUCAUUUACUACCUUAAUUUAUAUCAGAAAAACAUGGAACAGAGCAGUAUCAUGCUAUAAUAUUUUUGGAGACUUUCCUGUAAUGGUUCCUCCUGUGGUGUUUGCCUAUUUUUCAUUUGUUUCCUGACACACUGAGCGAGCACAUAAAACUUUUAAAUAUCUCCUUUGUAGCCAAACAGCAAAGCAACCACUUUAAACUAUCUGAGGCUGUACAAACUUGAUUUAAGCGCCUCAAUAGUUGCUAAAAUGUUCUAUGAAGGAACAAAAAUGUCCCUGCAGUUAUAAAUGUAGUUGUUUUUUUAAAAAAGUGUUGUUUAAGGGAAACAUUAAUGAAUCAACAAUGGAGAUGUGACUUCAAAAGCAUUUUGGGUUGAUAAUGUUCUUUGGCACUAGUCAUCCUUCAACUCUAGAACUGAAAUGCAUAGGGCACUUAAUCUAGCACCUAUGCACAGGUCCCCGUUACCUGGGUAAAAUGUGAGUAUCCCAGCUGACUACGUAAACAUCAGAAUUCAGAUCCACUCCAUCAAGGCUGUUGACGGUGCCACAGGAGAUCUAUGCAUGUGAUUCAGUCUACCCACAUGACUGGGAAGAAAACUAGAGGACUGGCAAAUUUUUAUUAGGGGAUUAUUUGCCGUAAGUGACUUUAAAGAUUUAACAUUCACACAUAAACAACCUGAUCCAAAGUUAGUUAUAAUUCAUGUGCAGGGCUGGCAUAAGCACACGGGACGCUUGGGCCCAGAGUCCCAGCAGAGCCCAUUACUGUCCUGUUGUUCCUUUCACCUGAGACUCCAGUUUGAAGACUAGCGAACAGCCAACUCGGAGAGCUGCCAUUCUCAUUUCCCCAAAUGUCCCAGAAUGUUCUGUCAAUGUGGAAAAUUAAACCAGCAGUUCCUUGAGAGCACUGCUGCUUGCUGCUGCCUGGUAAGCCCAGAGGACUUUUUUGGGGGGGGAGGGAGGCACUGAUGUAGGCAGGGGCUCACCAGAGGGCACCUUUGCGGGCCCCCUCAAAUCAGGUUACAAUGCUAUGCUUACUUACAUGGGAGUCAGCCCCCAUGAACUAACUUGAGAUUUACUUUUGAUUAAGCAGGUAUAGGAUUGCACUGUGAAUCCCAGUGAAACCAAUGAGAUAAGUUAGUUUUGACUAAUGUUACAGUGGGUUUGGCUGGAUUACGCCAGUGAGUUACGGGAAUCAAACUUUCUAUAAACUCGAAAUGACCUUCAGCCUGUUUGAGUGUUCUUCAGAGACCUCACAGUGUUUUGUUACAGAUUUCUGAAGGAAAUUUAAACAUAGUCCUGAAACACCCUGCCUGCAGUAUGUAAAGAAAGGAGCAUUCUUUCUCUCCUGUAAAAGGACUUUUUUUAAAAAAAUGCCCUUCCAUCCUUGGCAUUCUGCAAACAUAUAAAAAGAGAGUACAGUACUAAAAAGGAUCUCAAUAUUUAUUUACUGCCAGCAGCUGCAGUUUUUGUAUGGCUCAUCUGCACAGACAAUAAACCUUUUAAAAAUAAGCAAUUUCCCCUCCCUCAGUAGACUGUACUAAAUUCCUAAAAUCAGUCUCCUAGUGGGGCCUUGGAUUAAGAUAGGAUAGUGCAUUUUGUUUGUUGAAUUUGUUUUAUAUAAAACAUUUGGAUUUCCAGUGCAAGCCCUCUCAGGUUCCUUGUUAUUAUUAUUAAUUAAAUUUAUACCCCACCUUUCUUUUCAUGAUAGAAACCCAAGGCAAGCCGCAUAUGGUUCCCAGGAGGUCUCCCAUCCAGGCACUGACCAGACCUGACCCUGCUUAGCUUCAGCAGGGUGCUGGCUGAUGUGCCUUCAGACCAUAGCCUGGGAAAAAAGAUAAUAAAAUGGUAGUAUAGGGGUUGAUGUAUUCUUCUCCAGAACAUGAGAUCCAACUACAGAAAAGGAAUAUAAAGAAUGAGACUAGCACAUCUAGAAAAGCAGAAUUUGGCUCCACUUCACAUGCUACUUUAAAAACAAUUUAUCAGCUGAAAAACUGCUACCCUAUAGUUUAGCUCUGUUGCUUGAGUAGCAUAUGGAAGGCUAACUUCAUCAUUCAGAGUUGCCCAAAUCAGUCGCAUUGUUACUUCUCUUGCCAGUGGCCAGAGUUGGUGAAUGGUGCUGGUGUAUGAAAUAGUAACAUGAUUUGGGCUACUCCACAUGACUUAAAAACAGAUUGCUGGUCUUGAAAGAUGUCUUUCAAGUGAUCAUCUGUGCAGUCGUACUGACAGGAUCUGUACCUGUGUAGAACUUCAGAAACUUCUAGAGUUUUAGCCAGGGAACUGGCAGUUGCCUCUCCUUCCCAGGAUGGGAAGGUGUCUUCCUGGUCAGUUUGUUCUAACUGUUGCCAGACACAAGAGGCACACGAGCAGCCUGGAAGGAUGUAGCACAAUCAGAAAUAAGUUGCAUGGAGUUCCAAGAGGCAUUUUCCUCUUCAUAUAAUUAAAAUAAUCCUUAGAGCAAGGGUGGGGAACUUCUGGCCCACAGGCAAAUUUGGCUCUCUGGUCUGCAAAGUAGUUUUUGCCAAGCAACACCCACCUGCCAUGCAUCUGAUAUCAUAUAUUAUAUCAGGUGUGGAGGAGGUAAGGUGGAGCAUGGCCAAAAGGGGCUUUACCAAAGUCCCAGCACAGUGUUUCUCAAGUACUCGACACUUGAUUGUUGGGCAUUUGGGAAGAACUGUGGUUUGAGAGGCACCAAUAAUCAGAAAUCAUAAUGGUAUUGGAUGAUUGACAGGCCCCAGCCACCUGUCAAAUUUAGCCCAUGGGAGCAGAGGAGAUAACCAUUUUGCCCACUGGGCCAAAAAGGUUUCACACCCCUAUCUUAAAGAUUGUGAAAUAUGAUCAGAACCUAACAUUUUCAAUCAGCAACUGUAGAAAAAAAGACUGGAGGAAGCAUCAUUUAACAUUUCACCUUUUAGAAGUUUCCUGCAUCAUUGGAUCACCACUGAACUUCAGCUAUACCAUAAGUAGAGCUAUUCUCCCAAUAAAUACUCAUGCAAAUAACUAAAUAAUUCUUGUCUUCCUGUGUUCUCACAAAGGACAAUAAUUUUGUAGCAAUUAAUUUUAGUACUUCUUGCCAUUCAUGAAUAUGUAUAGAAAUAAAGAUGUGUGGAGGGAUGUCAUAGUUUUUAUAGAGACAUCCCAUCUAAGAAACUGGCAAUCUUAUUCCUUUCUCUUUCUCUCCAAAUGCACUCUGCCAAGUGGACCAUAUCUGACUCAAAUACAUUAGUUUCUGAGUCUUAGCUGACACAUAGAUCAAUUCAAAGAGUACCAGAGAAUACUCUAAUUACAUAGACUAUGGGAGAAAUUAGUGUCUGCCAGCUAUGUCUGGGACUGCAGAAAUAGCCUGGGUCAAUUUUCUAUAAUUCUGUGCCACACCUAGGUAGGGAUUAAUAUGAAACCAGUGUACAGAUCAUCCAAUUAUUUUCUGCCUUACAUACAUGUGUUCAUGUACUGGGGAAGUUGAAAUUCAUUAUGAUAUUACAAUAAAUAUAUAAUGUGUGCAACCCUUACACAUGGUAAACUGCCCAUCAUGGGCUUCGCAUUACUUCUUCAACAGAGGUGCCUUCUGUGUAAGAAUUUAACAAAGUGACUCUUGCCACACAUGCCACUGGUGAUGCAGUUUGCUCUGUAAAAAUCCAUUUUGCAUGAAUUGUGAGGUGGUAUUGUUGUGUAAGAGAACUGCUGUAUCAGAAACAGCAUGUUUGAAUUGGCCUGAGUAAUCCAAAAUUAGGUUAUAAUAACCUGGAGCCAUUCCCUGCUAAAUACACAAUUGCAUAUUGAAAAGAGAUUCGUAUUUGUUGUGGCAAGAUGAGCCAGCAACUCUUCUAGGAAUUACUCCUAAUUUCCCACUGAAUGUCAGCUGGAAGAA